GGAAACAUCAGAAACACAAGAAUGGAUUCAGAAUAUACCAUUAGGUUUCAGAAUUUCUGUUGCUUCAUGAUAGUUAGCUAUAUGCAUUUAAGUACAACUGUAUUCUCACAAACGAAUCAUGCAUACACAUACACAUGCAACGGUUCUAUAGCUGAAUGCAACCAAGAAUAUGAGAUGUUGAUGGAAUCGGAAAUAAGCCGACGAUUUCUGGAGGAAAAGAAGUAUAUUUCUUAUGGAGCUCUUGGCAGAGAUAAACCGGCUUGCAACGGUGAACGUGGCGAAGCUUACAGUAAAAAUGAAGGGUGUCUUCCUCCCCCUUCAAACCCUGAAAAUAGAGGUUGCUCAAAAUACUAUCGCUGUAGAUCUGAUUCUUAAGACUGCAAUUUUAUAGAAGGAUCUUAAUAUUGUUGAUGAAGCAUGCAUUCAAAUAAAGUUUCUAAUAGUCUACUUUCAUCAUCGUUACAUCUA